AUGAAGAGUGUCAUCAAUAUGACAUCUGCAAUUAGCUUUUUACUGAGUGCUCCAUGUCUUCCGGCUCUACUAUCCUACACUCUAUUUCCAUAUCUAGGGCGAACACUACCUUCUCAAGCGAUCUUGGACUAUAUCUGUGAGUUAAAAAACAUCCGUGAAAAGGAUUAUCUUGGACUACGAUAUCAAGACCACAACAAGCACCGUUACUGGGUUGACCUAUCUCGGCCAAUAUCCCAUAUCGCAAAGCAGUUCAAAUCCGAUUCAUUAGCUCUUCGCUUGCGUUUCCGCUACUAUCCGGCCGAGCCAUCACAUUUGAGGGAAGAUGUCAGCAGGUACCAGCUGUUCAUGCAAUUGCAACGUGACUUAUUACAUGGACGUCUUUAUUGUCCACAGAAUCAAUCGGCUGAGCUCGCUGCGCUCAUCUUACAGGCUCAAUUAGGUGAUUGUAAUGAAGCAAUACAUACUGGCAACUAUGUCUCACAAUAUAAACUUCUGCUCAAGCAAACUCCACGGAUAGAAGAAAAAAUAGCAGAGAUUCACAAGUCUUUGAGUGGAAAGUCCACAUCAGCAGCUGAACUAGAAUUCUUGGAGAAAGCUAGCAAACUUGAUACGUACGGGUUCGAUCCAUAUACUGUCAAGGACCCCAAGGACCCUAAUCAUGCUGUUUACAUUGGCGUAACGCACAAAGGUAUUUUGAUAUAUCAAGCAAGCCAGAAAGUGCACCACAUUCCAUGGUCUCAACUAUCAAAGGUAGAUUAUGUCGGAAAAGAACUAUACAUCUAUCCGACUGAGGCAUACGUGCCACCCACUAUCAAUGGCACUAUCGAUGACGGUGUCAACAACAAACAUAAGGAUCGCAAGUCACGAUUAGUGCUAAAAUAUCAAUGCCCAUCUGGAACGUUUGCGAAACAUCUCUGGAACCACAUACUGAGUCAACAAGCGUUCUUCAACGAGCAGAGUGCAUUGAUGAUUAAGCCAAAGUUCUCGAAACCAAGGAUCCCCCUGCUUUCUCGUGGUUCCACAUUCCGAUUUCCAUCUCGUCGAGUUCUUCGUGAGAUCGAAAGCACCGACAUCGCGUCAGACAGCGAGCUCAACACCAACGGCCCAGCUUUUGUGCGAUUCGAAUUACCUCGCCAAGAACCGCGAAAGGAGCAGCCAUGGUUGAUAGAACAACCGGCAUGGUUGAAACAAUACCACACAUUACCAAAUCUUAAAGUCAAUCACAACAACAAUGAAGUCAAAGUUGAGCAAAAAUCACCUGUAGUGGAGUUUACAACCAUAACGACCACUGUGUCGAACUCGAAAUCGGCACCGCUCGAUCUACAGGCUUCUCCAGCCCCAUCAUCACCCGUACAAGAUUUUCCAUCCACUUCCUCUGUACAUGAUGAUAAAACACCAUCGCAUGAUCAAACGCCAACCACUGCAACGACGAUGCCGGACUAUAAGCCGUGGAAGAAUGAGAAUGUCCCUGAGCCAGAUGAGUCACUCAAAGCAAACAUACAAGGAGAUACUCUUGAAGUUCCAUCUGCUUCGGUUUCCCAGCCGUUAUUAGAAUCGAAUGCAGAAGAAAAUCAAGUAAAUGGAACGGCAUCAAAUGUUUCCAAAAAUGGAUCACUACAACUAGUGGAGCAUACCAAUAACAUUACUCAACGUUCAAGUGCUGGUCAACGAUGUGCCAACGUAUUUUUCUCAACGUUUCUCAUACUCCUAUUGCUCUUAGCUAUGUCAAUAGCACUAUUUGAGCGUAACGAUACAUCAGACUGGAUCGAGAAUACGGCCUGGUUGUCACAUGUUCGGCACUCGUACUAUGAACCAGCUCGUCACGUCCUUUUGGACAAAUAUCACACCUUCUUUCUACGCUAAUUAGCCUGGUGUUGGAGCGCCGAGGUGCUGCUGCUGUUUCCAUUCCCCCACCCGUUGUCGCGUACCUCGCUGAAUUUCCCGGACUUUGCUGAAGAGUACUCGCUUUCCUCUGGCUGAUGAUCGCGACCCACCAUUGAUGAGGACCACAAAUUCUACUUACGAAUUUCUUAUAACAUGCUGUGUGAAUAUCCUCAUCACAUGCACACGAAUCUAAUUUCACGGAUUUUUUUAUUCUUGCGGAUUUUCUCAUUUAUAACAUUGUCAGUUGCACGCAAAUACAUAUCUUCAUAAAAAGCUUAUACGAACAAUGCGAAAUUCUUGCACUUUGGUUUUGUCAUUUGCGAUAUGGCUGCUUGUUUGACUGUGCUUUCUAUGACAGAACUUCUGCUACUACUAUUGUCUCUAUUGGGCCUGAAUAUACCAGAUAUUUUGCUCCAACGAUGACUGAUUCAAACCGCUCGAUGGCCAAGUCUUGCCCCAAAAAGCGGUUCCAUUAUUUGUGUCUGUACAACGCCUAAUGUUUAGGUCCAUAUUUUGCAAUUUUUCGUCUUUAUAGUUCAUUGAUUUGUAUCCGGUUCCCCUUUGUUCCUAGGUUGAGAUGUAUAAUACGGCUCUGAUAUUCCCUUAUUUUUACUUUACAUUAGUGAAAUG